UUCGAGUCACCGACCACACGAAUCUGCUAUACCUCUGUCUCUGUGGAAGCAGUAAGAACGAGAUCUGUUCAAUUUCUCAAUAUUAAUGGCGAAUCCAAACGGAAAGGUAUCAAUCACUAACGUCAUUUUCGACAUGGAUGGCCUCUUACUCGACACAGAGAAGUUUUACACUGAAGUCCAGGAGAUUAUACUUUCUAGGUACAAUAAGACUUUUGAUUGGUCUCUUAAGGCUAAAAUGAUGGGGAUGAAGGCAAUAGAAGCUGCUCGGGUUUUUGUGGAAGAAACUGGAAUUGUUGAUUCACUUUCAGCAGAAGAUUUUCUUGUAGAAAGAGAGGAAAUGCUGCGCAAUAUGUUCCCAACAAGUGAACUCAUGCCAGGGGCUGAACGUUUGAUUCAUCACCUCCAUGAAAAUGGAAUACCAAUUUGUGUUGCAACAGGUUCUUAUAGAAGGCAUUUUCAAUUGAAAACCCAAAGACAUGGUGAGCUUUUCUCACUGAUGCAUCAUAUCGUUCUUGGUGAUGAUCCUGAAGUUAAACAAGGGAAGCCAUCACCAGAUAUUUUCCUUGCAGCAGCGAAAAGAUUUGAGGGUGGACCAGUUGAUCCACACUCGAUUCUUGUUUUUGAAGAUGCACCGUCAGGUGUCCUAGCAGCUAAGAAUGCUGGCAUGUCAGUAGUCAUGGUUCCAGAUUCAAGAUUGGAUAGCUCAUUCCACGAAACUGCCGAUCAGGUUCUGAGCUCCCUAUUGGAUUUUAACCCAGGUGAUUGGGGUCUGCCUCCUUUUCAGAAUGCAGCGUGCUAAUCACACUAUUUCUUCUUUGUCCACCAUCAAACCCCAGUGAAUGAAGUUGUUUUGGAGAUGUAAUUCAUGGUAAUUUAUUCGCAUAUGCACUGCAUUGAUUUUCAAAUUACAAGUAUAGUUAAGACUGCAAAUUGAGCAUCCAUUAAUUAUCCAUAACUAUAUUAUGGAAUAUGUGUGAACUUCAGAUUAUGCAGAAAGAACACUAAUUUCUAGAGUCAAUGAGAUUGUACUAUAUAUUUGCUAUUUUUCUCGUGAGCAAUCACAAUUAGUUGAACAUUUUGCUCUCUUGAUUU